UCGCAAAAUAACGCUAAUUGAUCUUCGCAUGCGUAACAAGAAUUUUUUUGUCACUUUACAUAAAACUUUUUACAGCAAAUAUAUUUAUUACUCAUCAUACACAUUUAUAAAGAUUAUUUUCAAUUUCAAUAAGUGAAUAAUAAUUUAUUUAACUAUAAAGUUUAUUGAUGAUCAAUAUACGAGUAAAGUUUUUUGCUCUUCGGCGGUUCGUUUACAACUGCCUGUUCGUAAGAGAGUUUACUCGAAGUAAACUUUUAUCGUUUACAAUGCAUGUGAUCCUAUGAAAAAUUACUGUGAUUAUUGAAUAAUAGAUCGAUCAUGCGCAUAACAAGAAUAAUGUAACCAUCUCAGUAACGAUCGAUAAAACGACAGAAUACAAGGUAGUCAUUAGUAGACAACUUAAGAAUAAAUAUGAAAACCUCAGUAGGAUUUAAUUAUGCAUGUCAAUGGAGUGAAUUGUCGUUGCGUAUUCUUGGAAUAUGGCCACUUUAUAAAUUUACAUUAUUAAAAAAAUUGCGAGUAUAUUUUAACAUUAUUUUUGUUCUCGCCGUGUUUUAUCUUCCACACACUGGAACAAUUAUUAUUAUUUGGGGUGAUAUUGAUAGUAUGGUUAAUUUACUCUCAUACAAUGUUUCUGCAAUUGUUGCUAUUGGCAAAUAUAUUGUUCUAUACAAUCAAAGAUAUGUUUUGGCAUCAAUUAUUGAAAUAAUGGCAGAAGAUUGGAGUACUGUUAAAUCGCAAUACAAUAAAAAAAUAAUGAUGAAUGAAGCUAAAAUUGGCCGAAUCCUGGCAUUUAUAUCAAUUUUGUAUGCUCCAUUAAUUGUAUUCUUACACAUUCUAGUGACGACUUAUUUGAAACCCGAGAAAUUAUUUCUUUACGGAUCAACUCCAACAAUAGCAAGUAAUCUAAUGUGGCCGAGUUAUUUUCCAUUCAAUACUUCAAGAAAUUAUAUUUUUGAAAUAACUUGGAUAUGUCAAAUAACAGCAACAAUGUUUACGUCACUUGUAUAUGGAACUUUUGACACUUUUAUGACAGUACUUGUUUUGCACCUCUGCAGCCAAUUAGCUAUCGUUCGUAACCAAUUGAAAAAUCUCUACAAUGUAAAUAAACACCCAGCUGUUGAUAAAUUGGUUGCAGAAAAACUUCGGGAUAUCGUAAAACGACACGAAUAUCUUAUCAAUUUAGCAGAAACUAUCGAGAAAACUUUCACUUUAAUACUUCUUCCGCAAUUGAUAUGCUAUCCACUUAUCUUUUGCUUUCAAGGAUACGCCAUGUUAACGAGUAUGGCCAAAACUCAAGUCUCGAGUCUACAAAUUUUAUAUUAUCUUAGUUAUGAUACCUACACGCUGUACCAUCUCUUCAUUUUUUGUUGGAUUGGAGAGCAUCUCUACAAUGAGAGCACAAAAAUCGGAUAUGCAUAUUAUGAAAGUUUGUGGUACAAUCACUCAUUUACUCAUGCGUAUUCGCUUAUGAUUAUUGGAUACCGCGCUUUACGGCCACUUCACAUAACAGCCGGAAAAUUUGCUCGAUUCUCACUAGGUUUAUUCGUUUCUAUAAUAAAAACAUCAAUGGGGUAUUUAAAUUUACUAAGAGCUGUUCAAAGUCAUGGAUAUUAAUUAUGUUUUUCAUAAAAAAUAAUCAAUAAAAAAAUGGUAUUGU